AUGCCCCCCGCAACGUCUAUUCUGACGAGAUUAAAGGUGCAGCUGAAGCUGGCGAUUGCGCGAUUGCGCAUGGUCCAGAAGCGCGAUGAGCAACUGGCCAAGGUUCAGCAGCGGGCCAUGGCCCAGCUCCUGGAAGCCGGCAAGAUCGACUCCGCCACCAUCCGGGUCGAGAACAUCAUCCGAUCCGACAUCACGACGGAGCUGCACGAAAUGCUGGAGCUGUACUGCGAGCUGCUGAUAGCGCGGGCCGGGCUGAUGGAGGGCCCCGUAUGCGACCCGGGCCUCGAAGAAGCCGUGAAGAGCAUCAUCUACGCGGCGCCCAAGACGGAGAUCAAGGAGCUGGGCACGGUGCGGCAGCUCCUGGGGGAAAAGUACGGCAAGGAGUUUGUCAUGGCGGCAAUGGAAAACGCGGGCGGGAAGGUGAACGAAAGGGUCGUGAGGAAGCUGAGCGUGGAGCCGCCGAAGCCCGAGCUCGUGCAGGGCUACCUGGAGGAGAUUGCCAGAGCGUACGGCGUGGCGUGGCCAAGGAGGGGGACGACGACCACGCCGCCGCCGCGGGAACUGAUGGGCGGUUCCGACGAGGAGGAGGAUGAUGAUGACGAGGAUGAACAUGGUCCGCGGUCGGGGGGCUCAGCGGAGCAAAAGGUGUUGGCGGAACCUCGGACGCGAGAGAAGAGAUUGGCAAAGGGGGACGAGGAGCUGGACAGGGCGACACCCCCGCGGGGGCUCGCUGGUCCGAAAAGCCCAGUCACGGUGACGCCGCCGCGGAGGACGACGGAAAAUAUCCACCCCAAAGUCACUCUCGGGUCGGUCGAGCUGAAGCCUGAUGGCAAGAUGGCGCAAGCUGCAGGAAGGGCCGAGCCGGAUGGGGCAGUUCCAGACAUCAGUGAUCUGGAGAGGAGGUUUGCAGCAUUGAAGAAAAGGUAG